CUGUGAUUUAUUGCAACAACUCUAUUCCGCAACUUUGUGGCAUUGAGUUUGAACUAUUUCAACAUUUGCGUCAUUGUUACACCCGCCAUCAAUAGUUUCAGGCAGUUGAGAGAUAUUUGUUUAGUAAUCCUGAAGCUGUGCUACCCCUCUAGCGCCGGAGGUCAUGCAUAAUUCAUGAGCGACUGCUGACACAGGCGUCGUAGAAAAGUAGAGUUUACAAACUUUGGGACAGGAGCGGAGUCCGGGCAGGAGCAACAAGAGCUGUCGAACUGGCCGGAGCGAAGGGAAAGUAGUUACAUUUCAAUUUACUUUUCUCAAGUAGGGACACAUUUUAUUGUUCUCUAUCUUACUCUUAUAGAAUAGUUUUAUUUCGAGUUUGACUGCAGAAAGGUGAACUAUUUUUGUCCACACAGAGGGUUCAUAAAAGUUUGCCUGAGAGUAGCCUAGGCCUACUUCAGAAGGCUCAACUUUAAAUCGUUUUUAUAUUUUCUGUAUUGCUCUAACUUUUACACUAAGACAAAAUGAGCAACCCACUUCAGCCAAUGCCAGGACAACAAGUUAUCCAUGUCGCGCAGGACUCGGAUACGGAUCUCGAGGCGCUUUUUAAUUCGGUUAUGAACCCGAAACCCAGUUCAUGGAGGAAAAAAAUGUUACCCGACUCUUUUUUCAAGGAGCCAGAUUCUGGAUCUCACUCCCGACAGUCGAGCACUGAUUCGGGCAGUCACCCGCCCAGGCUCACCGUUCAACACGUACGGUCACAUUCCUCGCCCGCGACUUUACAGAUUGGAUUGGGAGCCAACCCAACUCCAAGCCCGGUACAUCACUCGCACAUCCGCCACCAGUCUUUCGAUGUUGCCGAAGAGUUGCCCCUGCCCCCUGGAUGGGAGAUGGCCUACACGUCCAACGGACAGAAGUAUUUUCUCAAUCACGUGGAGAAGAUCACCACUUGGCACGACCCUCGGAAGACCAUGACGACAGCCAUGAACCAGAUGAGUCUCCACGCCCCCCCACCCUCUGCCAGCCCACAGCAACGCAACAUGGCCCUGUCCCAGCCCAACCUUGGGGAGCCGUCUGAUGACUGGGAGCAGGCUGAAAAUCCUCAGGGAGAAAUCUACUUCAUUGACCACAAAACACAACGAAUGUCCUGGCUCGACCCGCGUGUGGACGCUCGCCUCAUGAUGUCCCAACACCACCACCAGCAGCACCUGCAACACACCCAGCAGCAGCCCCAACAGGCCCAGGCCUUGGGUUCGCCUGGCUCCCUCCCCCAGCAGCAGAGCUCUCAGGCUGGGAUGAUGAGUCUGUCCAACCCCCUGGGCGUGGUUGUCAGUGCCCAGCAGAAGAUAAGGCUGCAGCGCAUCCAGCUGGAGAGAGAGAGGAUCCAGAGACGCCAGGAGGAGCUCAUGAGACAGGAGGUGGCACUGUGUAGACAGCUCCCUGUGGACUCUGAGAGCAUGGCACCAGCGCCCACUCCCGGUGGCAACCCUGCCCAGCCCAUGACCCAGGGCAACAUGCCCACCAACGGAUCUGACCCCUUCCUGAACAGUGGUCACUUCCAGCAUUCCCGGGAGCAGAGCACAGACAGUGGCCUGGGGCUGGGCUGUUACAGCAUCCCCACCACCCCAGAGGACUUCCUUAACAACAUGGAGGAGAUGGACACAGGUGAGAGCAUGGCCCAGGCGGGCAGUAUGAACGUGUCCCAGCACAGCAGCUUCCCAGACUUCCUCGACUCCCUGCCAGGGACCAACGUGGACCUGGGAACCCUGGAGGGAGCGGACCUCAUCCCCAUUCUUAACGAUGUGGAGUCAGUCCUCAACAAGAGCGAGCCCUUCCUCACCUGGCUGUAAACACGCACACACAUCUUCUACAAACAUACACAUGUACACACACACACACACACACAUGUACAACCCUAAACACACAGACCAACACACACACGCCCAACAAACAGGACGAAAGACUCCACGUAUCUAAAGACUCUGUCUGUGCUGCCUUUUAGCGACCUAUUCAAAUCAGCUUGAUUUAUUUUUCACGUGUCCAGUAAUAUUACCCUUUGUGUGCCCGACCGCCUAUCACUCUGAUUCAGUUCAGGUUAAAGAUAUAGAAAGAGUAUUAACCAAAGCCUUGAGAGAACAAAAUCAAAUCAAAUCAUGACACGUAUUAAAGUGAAUACUGUAUGGUAACACAAGUUAGUCGUUUUGUAUGUUCUGGAAGACUCGCCCACCCUGGUUUUUGAAUCACAAUAGAUGUUAUUUUUUACAGCUUUCCUGUCUCUCUUGGGGUGACACUAUGUGGAACAAGUACUUGGUGAGAAAAAAAAAUUAGAAUAAUUAUUGGCGUCCAAUGGUAUUGCUUUGUCAUGACUAAAUGUAUGCAGGGAGGCUUUUUUUAACCAAUAGGUGGCGCUAUUGCUUAAGCUACUGUAGUUAUGAAAUGGAUCUUUUACUGGCUACAAGGCUGUCCAUCUGUAGGUUCUUAGUAUAAGGUGCACCUCUGUCGGCUACAGCACUGUAAACCUUCUUAUCUAACAAAUGAUCAAUCACCAACAGUAUUUUAACUGUCAGUUUGGGUUUGAAUUUAAAAAACCACACUGUUACUGUUGUUUCUGUUCAUAAAAAACAACAACUACAGAUUCACUUCUACAUCAGCAUUAGUAGCCAUGGGAACAAAGUGUGUUGUAUACCAAAUAAAGUUUCCUAUUGUUCGCUACAAUAUCACUACAAAAGCUUUAAAACUUUAAAAUUGUACUUAGUUUGAUUUUUAAACAGAACUGUUUUUAGUAGUUUUUUUGUGUCAUUUUAAUAAUUGUACUCCAAUGUAGCUAAUUGAACACUAAAAUAUCAUGCCUCUGUUAUGCAACAAUGUAAAAUUCUGUAUUCUAAUACUACACUAUUUUUUUUAUAUCAUACUAUAGUAUUUGUUUUUUUUUCUGAUCUGUAAAAUAGCCUACAUGGGUUCUUUUGCAUCUGGUGCCAUUUGUAGGACUUAUAAUAUAGUUUGCAUUUUUUUGUAUUUAUCAAGAGCUAUGAUUCUAUUUUUGUUCAAUUUUUUUGUUCCAAUUUUUUUUUUUUUUAUGAAAUUGAGAUUUCAAAGCACUACAAAUCAGCAAAAUGAUUGAAAUAUAUCUGAUCAUGAAGUGAAUGUUGAAGUUAGAUGAUCACCAGACGUUUUUGUUUCAAUAUGCGUUGACGCUUGAUAAUCCUUCAUACGCAAACUCUCCUUGGUCUUCGGUCUGUUUUUUGGGGGGUUUUGCAAAAAGGACACAAAAAAAAUUAUUCUAUCUGUUCUACGGGGAAAUAUGCAACAAUAGUCUUUUUAUAUGGUCAGAGGUUAUUGUGCCUUUACGUUUUUAGAGGAUUUUUAGUGAAUUGUCAGAUUGGAUUGGCAUGGAGGUUGGUAUUCGGAUCUUGUUUUAACGUGCCGGCCCCACAACACAAUCUGCUCGGAUCCUUUUUUUUAAAUCUACAUUUGUCUCAGUUUUUGUAUUUGCAUGUUGAUUGACAUAUUUGCUAUUCCUAGCGUUAGGUGGUCUAUAGCCCGACCUUAUAUUGUGACUAUACUGAGUCUGGUUACUAUGUAGAACGUUAGAACUAAGAAGGCGAGGAAGUGAUGGAUCCUGGGUAGGGGCAGGUGAAUUAGGGGGGGUUGUUGAGUUUAGGGGGGGGGGUGUUCAAUGCACGCCAAAACCCACUGGGAGGGUGAGAGGGGUGUGAGAAGGGACGAGGUGAAGAGGGGCGUGAGAAGGGACUAGGUGAAGAGGGGCGUGAGAAGGGGAGAUUAUCACAUCACAGUUAUCACAUCACUACCACCUGUGUCCUUGGAGUGGUGUGGAUUGGGGGAAAGGGUGUGACGGUGUGGAUUGGUUUCAGAGAUUGGAGGCCUCUUACCCAGGCAUGGCCAAUGAAGGCUAGCUCUGACAGGGCUAGCAACAUGCUAACUCAUGCCCAGGGCUAGCAACAUGCUAACUCAUGCCCAGGGCUAGCAACAUGCUAACUCAUGCCCAGGGCUAGCAACAUGCUAACUCAUGCCCAGGGCUAGCAACACGCUAACUCAUGCCCAGGCCCAGCUGACGGGGCUAGCAACAUGCUAACGUAUGCACAGCUGAUGAAAAGGGCUCCAGUGAAAGGCGAUGAGGUCUUUUUAGAAUCAAACAAGGUUAUUAAUCCAAUCACACAGCUGCCUCUCUUGGUGUCUCUGUGUCAGGGAGGUUUUGUGUUUUCAGUUGAAUGAUGUGCUGUUCCAGGCUCUAAGGGGGGAAACUUGGCAGGGCUGUCUGUGCACCAUUACUGGGGACACAAUUCAAGGUUGCACCAGUAUGAAGGGCACAAGUUAAAUGUUUGAGAAAAUGGAUAGCAAUUGUAUCAGAUUGUCUUUUUGUAAAUCUAUACUUUGGGGGAUAUAAAGACCAGACGAAGAGAGAGAUUCUAUGAGACCAUAGAACACAGUGGUGGUGUUAUACCGUUAAGGGUUUGAGGAAAUGGUUUGGUGUGGAGCAUAUGUUUUGACUAAAGGUGCAUAGAGUGGCAUGACAUGAAAUGGAAUAGACAGGAUAACCUGUAGCAAUAUAUAGCGCAGUAUAGCGCAGUGGCUAGGCUACAGCUGCAUGGUAGGAUGGGACGGGGGUGUGUUGUCAGUAGUUACGGGGUUCUUGGAAUGUUGAAGGCAUGCUCAUUGGUGGUGAAAAUCAGACUAACAAAAUGGCCGCAUACUGUAUCCUAUCCUGGCAGUGUGGACUUCAUUUUUACAUGAUGUAACCUCGGCAAGAAGUCUCUGAAAAUUACAGUAACAUGUUUUUAAAAAAUGAAUAAAUAAAGAAUAAAAUGGCGUCAGAACCGUG